AUGUCGUUCUUCGGCCAGCCCAAGCCAAUGGGCUCCGGUGGCUUUUUUGGUCAAUCGCAAGCUACACAACAGGCACAGCCGGCGCAGCAGACAGGCAGCGUCUUCGGCCAGACCAUGGGUAGCCAGCAACCCGGCGCACUAGGCAAUUCAAUGAUGGCACAGCAACAGCAAGUUCAACAAAUGCCGGCUUUGGCUCAGUCACAAGCCCAGCUAUCAAGUUCGCUGUGGCAGCCCGGCAAAGAAACACCACACCAAAAACCAAUCCUCGAUCAGAUUAAACUCGUCACCGAGAAAUGGGACCCUGCAAACCCAAGCUGUGUCUUUAAGCACUACUUCUACAACAAAGUCGACGAAGCCCAUAUCCCCUUCUACAAGCCCCAACCCCACGAGGACCCUCGCGAAUGGGAAGAAGCCCUACAGAACAAACCCGCCCCAGGAUUCAUGCCUGUCCUCUGCUCAGGGUACACUGGCGUUGCGGACCGUCUCAAGACACAGAAGCGCGCCAUUUCCGAAUUCAACACACGUCUGCACCAGGUCAACGGUAGUCUGGACGCCAUCUUGCAGCGACACGAGCUGGAGACGGAGGUGCGGGCCCUGGCGGCGCGAAGACGACAGACGGCCAUUAGCGAGAGAUGCUUGGCCCUAGCGGCCAAAGUACAGAUUUUGAGGAACCGCGGGUACGCAUUGAGUGGCGACGAGGACGACCUCAAGAAUCGGCUGCAGACGUUGGAGCGUGAGGUGCAGGACCCUGCGCUGGGAGCUAGGGAGGAAGAGCUAUGGAGUAGGUUGAUUGUGCUGAGAGGGUACUCGGAUCGCUUGAAUAAAGAAUUGGAUAAGCCUGCUGGCCAAGACGGCGAGGGUUUGGACCCGGAGACCGAGGCCAAGGCAAAGAGGGUUCUCGAAGACUACGAGAAGCAGCUGCAACAUCUGAAGAAAGAACUGGAGGCGCUUGGUGUCGAUUUCGAGGAGUGGGAGAAGAGCCGCAACGCUAGCUUGAAAUCGAGAUGA